GCGGGGCGGGGAGGGGGCACCACUUCUCUGAGUCUCGCCACCACAUCGUUAUGGACCUAUUCGACUUUUUCAGGGACUGGGACUUAGAGCAGCAGUGUCACUAUGAGCAAGACCGGAGUGCACUUAAGCGGAAAGAAUGGGAGAGAAGAAAUCAAGAAGUCCAGCAAGAUGAAGAUCUCUUUGCUUCAGGUUUUAACCUGUUUGGAGAACCCUAUAAGACAAAUAAAGGUGAUGCUCUUGCAAACCGUGUCCAGAACACAUUGGGGAACUACGAUGAGAUGAAGGACUUGUUAACCAACCAUUCCAACCAGAGCCACCUUGUUGGAAUCCCAAAGAAUUCUGUCCCACAGACUCCCAUUGAUAAAAAUGAGCAGAACUUUUUCCCAGAACCAAGAAACAGGAUGAUCCCAUCUCAUCAGCUCAGUGGCCACUCAUCUGCAUCGAUGCCUCCACCCUCUUCGUUGUCAUCGAAUUCUACUUUGCUACACAGUCACCAGAGCAGCAGGAAGUCCAGGACGGACUGGUCUCGUGGUGGUCACAACUCUAAUGGGGCCCAGUCAAGCCAAUCCAGCAGUCAACAGAAUAGGACAAAGCAUAGCUCUUCUCAUGACCAGCCACAGGGCAGAUAUGAAGACCUUUAUAGUUGUCAGAGUGAACAGCAUAAAAGUGGAGGAACUGAGGAAGCAAAUUCUAUGGCAGCAUCUUCACAUUCGAGGAGGCACACUCAUUCAAAGUCAACAACUGGAGAACACACUUACAAGGAAAACAGUCAUUCGAAGUCGCCAGCAGAGCUUGAGUUUGUAGGUCAUGGUCCUGGAUCUCCACUUCCUUCCACGUCUUUGUUAUCUGCAAACAACGGUCUUUCAACCCAGAAUUUCCCACCAGGACUUCACUGUAAAACUAGUAUGGGCCAGCAAAAGCCUACAGCUUAUGUCAGGCCUAUGGACGGUCAGGACCAGGUCCCUAAUGACUCACCUGAACUCAAGCCUCCAAUAGAAAUUGAGAGUGGAUAUGGAAAUCAGUCCUUUGGAACACUGUUAGAAGGAAAAGUGAACACACCUAGUUCGAAGAAUAAAGUACCAAAGCUUAACAUUCCUCCUGUUAGCGAAGUUACCCUUCCCAAUGACUCCAGCUGUGUGGAAGAAAUAUUACGGGAGAUGACCCAUUCUUGGCCUCCUCCUCUUACUGCUAUUCACACUCCUGGCAAGGCUGAGCAGACCAAGUUUUCUAUCCCAAGCAAGGACUCCCAACAUCUGACCUCAGGAUACAAUGUACAAAAGUGGAGUGAUCCAGCAGGGAAAGUUGCAACUAAGUCAGUGCCACAGAAGUCAAUGCUUGAGGAUGAUCUGAAACUCAGCAGUGAUGAAGAUGACAAUGAACAGGCCGCUGAAAAGACAAAAUUGAGAAACAUUCCUGUGAACGGCCUGCCGGUGCCAGCAGCGCACGCGGCCAGCUUGGCCCAUUCCAGCGGCGGCUCCGGGAGCUCCAGCGAGUCGGAGAGCAGCUCCGAGUCCGACUCGGACAGCGAGAGCAGCUCCAGCGACAGCGAGUGCAACGAGGAGUCGCGCAGUGCCACGCCGGAGCCUGAACCCCCCUCAACAAACAAAUGGCAGCUGGAUAAAUGGCUAAAUAAAGUGAACCCCCACAACAAGACCAUCAUCAACAGCCAGAAUGAGGCACACUGCGAGGCCAGCUCUCAGCCGCAAAGCAACCAGCAGACCGAAGGGCAAAGCAAAGGGAAGCUCAACAGCAGCCUGCCCCCGACCGAUUCCAAAGACCGGGCGAUCCUUAGUCCCAUCCGAGAGAAAGCCAAACCACGGGUUGCCCAGAAAACCCCAGAGGCAAAAAGCUCCAAGCAGAAGUCACCAGCUCAUAAUGAGCCAACUUCACAAAGGACUACUGGGAAAAAGCAACCCAAAAAGGUAGAAAGGACUUCCAGUGUAGAAGAGUAUAACUGGCCCAAACCAAAUAAUACCAGCAACACUCCCAAAGAAAAAGACACGCAGGAACCCCCUGAGCAGCCAAAGGUUCGAACUAAAGCAGCAGUUGGGAAGACCGCUCCAAGGAAAGAACCACGGACCAACACAGGACUCGCUUCUGAGAAGAAGAAGUACAGAGGCCCCAGCAAAAUUGUACCUAAAUCCCGGGAAUUCAUUGAAACCGAUUCAUCUACUUCUGACUCAAAUACAGACCAGGAGGAGAGCUUGCAGGCUAAGGUACUGCCAGCUUGCAAUGGGCCCACCAAUGGCAUCAAAGUGAAGGACUCUGGCAGCAACAUCCUCAGCGUAAGUAGUUUAACUAGCAAUGGCAGUAACACUUCCAUCGACCAGACCAGCAAUGAUUUGGAGGAGCAGCUCUUUUCUCCUAUCCCAAUCGUACAAAAUGAACUCCUGUCCCCACUGAGAGAAUACGAAGAAGUCAAAUCUCUUUGGGUGAAAAUAGACCUUAGUUUACUCUCUAGGAUACCUGGACAAGAGCCUUUUGAGACUACGUCUGUGAAAAGUGAACCAAGGGAGGCAAAUGUGAAACACAGACGACCGUCUCGAGAGUCCCCUACCCCAGCACCUGAAAAACCAUCCACGAAAUCAAAAAGGAAACACAAGCAGUCUGAAGGCCUGGAUACCUUUGUUGAAAGUAAGAAACAGCGCCUGGAGGACCCUUCAGCUUCAUGCCUGCUCCCACCUUGUAUCUCUCCGAUACCGAAUCACAGAUUAACCAGCACUAAAGAGAGUAGCAGUAGCUCAGUGAAGAAGGUGGCAAAGAAAAGAGAAGAGAAGCUGUUCCCUCCUCCCCUAUCCCCUCUCUUGGAUGAGCCGGUGCACAGGCGACACAGCAGCGACAACAGCUCCUUCAGCCAGGAGACCAACAUCACUAACACCUCUCAGACCAGCAGCUCGUCCAGCUCUGUUUCUAAACACAGAAAGAAUGAGAAUAAAUCCUCUUCAAACCCCAAAGGAAUCUGUGAGGAAGAAUCCCACAAUGCACCAACAGCCAAUGCUCUCCUUGACACCAGCCAUCUAGAAACAGACAUCUGGUCUGCAAUGCCAGCGCUUUCCAAUGGCAACUCUGAGCCCCGAAGGCCUAAAAUAACAUUUGAUGAUGUGCUUCACAAUGCAGAUUAUUACAUGCAAGAGGCCAAGAAGCUAAAGCAUAAAGCUGAUGCACUGCUGGAGAAGUUUGGCAAAGCAGUGAAUUAUGCUGAUGCUGCCCUCUCCUUCAUCGAGUGUGGGAACGCUAUGGAGCGAGAUCCAUUAGAAGCUAAAUCUCCAUACACCAUGUAUUCAGAGACUGUGGAACUCAUCAGGUAUGCAAUGAGACUCAAGAAUUUCACAGGCUCUUCUGCCACAGAAGGGGACAAGAAACUAGCAGUUUUAUGCUACCGAUGCUUAUCACUUCUCUACUUGAGAAUGUUUAAACUAAAGAAGGACCAUGCUAUGAAGUACUCCAGAUCUCUGAUGGAAUAUUUUAAGAACUCUUCAAAAGCCUCGCAGGCCCCCUCACCUUGGGGCGGCAAUGGAAAGAGCACAGAAACGCCGUCACCCAUGUCCCUCAGCCCAUCCCCAGCCAGCUCUGCCGGGAGCAGUGCAGGCACCAGCGGCUCUUCCUCAGCAGGGACCAUCACCAUCCCUCAGCGCAUCCACCACAUGGCUGCCAGCCACGUCAACAUCACCAACAACGUCCUGCGGAGCUAUGAGCACUGGGACAUGGCUGAUAAGCUCACUAAGGAGAACAAAGAAUUCUUUGUAGACCUGGACUCAGUGAUGGGACCCUUAACACAACACAGCAGUAUGACCAAUCUGGUCCGUUAUGUUCGCCAAGGACUCCACUGGCUCCGCAUUGAGGCUCAUUUAUUGUAGUGACUGCUGCCCUGUUCAUAACAUCCCCAUUGCUCUACCUCUACCAGCGCACAGACGAUCACUGGUGGAACUCCACUCAUUUCUGGAAAUUUAUUCAUGUAACUUCAUUUUUAUUGCCUUUUUUAAUAUCCUAUCUAUUGGAAGUAGAAGUCACCAGAAAUGGAACUUCUGACUCUAGCAGUAUGUGUUGUACCAUCUACUCAUUUUUGACAAUUUUCUAUGCCUUGUGUCUCCUGGAUCCUGCCAUCCUUAUGUGCUUUAUGGAACGGUACAUUUCCUGCAGUAUUGUUUUAAGUCCAUGCUGCCUUCAAGUGAAAACAAAAAAGCACUUUGAGAAGAUACGGAUUCCUGAGAAAUAGUACAAAGCAUCUUAAAUAUUUGAGGAUAUAUAAGAGAAGUCCCUUCUGAAAUAAAUUAGUAGAAGUUAUAGCUAUUCACUCAAAAUCGCCUUCUGAAUCUGAACCAAGCUUUUCAGCACUUAAUACUGGCAUCAUUACGUGACACAGUACAUCAUUGCUAAGAUUUCAUACUUUCUAUAGGCUUAAUCUCUAAAAGAGAACAUUGAAUAUCUUACAGGUACAUAGUGUAAGAUCACCAAAGGUGUUAGGAGGUAAAAGGUGAAGGAAUGCCUCAUUUAAGAAACAUGACACACUAUGCAAUGAGGUUUUGAUAUUCUAUUCUACCUGUUUAUUGUCAUCUUCAUAAUUUCAGUAGGCAGCACAAUGCAGUUUUUAGACAAUUUCAAAAUAUUAGCUUUCAUAGUCUCCUCUACCAUUCCGAUGCUAAUCUGUAAAUUUUCUUUCAGUUUUACUGUUUAAUCUCAAAGGUUUUUCUUCACAGAACAAUCUCUUCUUGCAUAGUGACUCAGUGAAAGCAGAUGUUAUCAGGAGCACUACACUUUAAGCAUCAAUAUUGUAUGUAAAAGUCCAUUAAUAACUGUAUGCACAUUUUUCAUGAAAUUCUCUGGAAGUUUAACUAACCAGCUACUGUUGAAAAAUUAUAAUUCCAUAUGGCAUCAAUUUACACCUGUUUUGUUCAUUUCAGAGCAUUAGAAACAAACAGUAUUAUAUUGCUAUCUUGAAAACAAUGACAAAUUAAAUAAAAUCACCAGAUUUACCCAAAAGAAAUAUAACAUUUGUUUAAUAAUGGCAAUGAAUUCUUCAGUCAAAUUACCUACUUUCCAAGCUCUGCAUCUAUUUACCCAUGCUGUCAUGUUUCAGACUAUUAUUCUAAUGUAUGAAUAAUAAUGAGACAAAUCAGAUAGAAUUUCAAAGCAAUUGUGAAUAAAUUAGACCAUUUCACAUUUGCUCUUUCCUCCUCUUCUUUUCCCCUGUUAUAAACUGCACUGCUGUUUUGGUACCACUGCAAGAUGCACUGGUGCAUGAAACAAAGCAAAAUGAAUUUUUAUCAAUAUUUCACAAGACUUUAAAUGGUCUCAUCUCAUCCUUGGUGUAAUGCCUGCAUACCUUACUAAACUGUAAAUUCCAUUUCUAUAAACUGAAAAUGCUCACA